UUUAACGGUAGGCGGGGACCGAGCCGCACGCGCUCCUCGCCGACGGCGGCUCAUCCCAAAACAAACCAUGGGGAGUCUCCAACUGUGCCCGCCGCUCCCGCCGAGCCUCCUCCGCCGUCGCCGACCGGCGGCCCCGCCCGCCACGGCGCCGCAGGCUCGGUGCGCGCUGAGCAAGCACGGCCAGCGGCUGCUCCGCAGCCUCUCGCCGCCCGGGGACGCCGCGGCGGCGGACAGGCUGAUGAGGAAGUUCGUUGCGAGCUCGCCCAAGUCCGCCUCGCUCGACGCGCUCUCCCACCUCCUCCCGCAUCCCCACCUCUCCUCUCUCGCUCUCCCUUUCUAUGCGAAGAUCCGGGAAGCGCCGUGGUUCAGGUGGAACGCCAAGCUAGCCGCGGACCUCAUCGCCUCGCUCGAGAAGCAAGGACUGACCGCGGAAUCGGAGAGCCUCGCCGCCGAAGCGAUCGCCAGGCUAGGGCAAAGGGACAGAGACGUUGCGCUUCUGUACUGCCAUCUGAUCGAUUCCCUCGUCGAAUUGAAAUCCGAGACGGGGUUUGAUACCUACCUCACUCGAUUGAAGCACAUCGUGGAUGGUUCCUCCUCGGCUUAUGUGAAACGCAGAGGUUACGGGUCGAUGAUCAGAGGCUUGAGCGAGAUGGGACGGCCGGGGGAGGCGGAGAGCUUGAUGGAUGAGAUGAGAUUGAAAGGGACUGAACUAUCUAAUUUUGAGGUGAAUGCUGUGGUGUACGGAUACGGCAAGCUCGGGAUGUUCGAUGAUAUGAUCAGAAACAUAGACAAGAUGGACGCGCAAGGAUUCGAGAUCGACACGGUUUGUGCCAACAUGGUCCUCUCGUCUUACGGGAAUAGCCGUGACCUCUCCCAAAUGCUGUCCUGGCUUCGCAGGAUGAAGGCGACGGCGAUUCCCUUCUCAAUCAGGACUUACAACACGGUGUUGAACUCCUGUCCGACGAUCAUGUCGCUGCUGCGAGAUCCGUCCGGUUUCCCGCUCUCGCUCGAGGAGCUGAUUGGGGCUUUGGACAGCGAAGAAGGUGCGCUGGUUAAGGAACUGGUUGACUCGCCGGUUCUGAGCAAGGCGAUGGAGUGGGAUCCUUCGGAGGCGAAGUUGGAUCUGCACGGGAUGCACCUGGGCUCUGCUUAUCUGAUCAUGUUGCAGUGGACGGAAGAGAUGCGAUGCAGGCUCAACGGCGGAGAAUAUGUGAUCCCAGCAGAGGUCACAGUGGUUUGUGGGUCAGGGAAACAUAGUGCCGUCAGAGGGGAAUCACCGGUGAAGCAGAUGGUCAAAGCAAUGCUCGGCCGGCUGGGAAGUCCAAUGAGGAUCGAUCGGAAGAACGUCGGCUGUUUUGUCGCCAAGGGAAGAGUUCUGAACAACUGGUUAUGUACGGAUUCAGGUGGAGGAGCUUCUUACAUGUCAAUGUCAUCGAUGGAUAGAAACAGCAGUAGAGUAGAACACGCGGUGUAGAAUGUCAAAGAAGUAACCUUAAGUCAUCAGGAAGAAUCGAGGAAAAUUGCGAGGAUGGAAAGUCCUCCUUUUGACUUAGCAUGCGACAUGAAUGUGCCCGCCAACCGCAUGUGCCCUUACAAUUACGGCUGUGAUCAUGGAAACAUCCUGCUCGUGCGCUCGAGGUCAAUCACAGCAUGAUAGUGUCUACUGUAUUUUUGCUAUAUGAGAUUAUUGACAUGCAAGGAUUUGUAGAGGCAUGUUGGGAGGCUAUAGAGAGCGAGCGAACUUGCACA